UGAAAAUCUGGUUUUGUAAAAGUUGUUUCUAAAUAUAACAUUUUUUGCAAGAAUUUAUAGUGAAGGCUUGUAUUAUUUCACUCAAAAUGAGAUAUUUUUGUAAAAAGGAAUGGAAUAUCUUAAUUUUUAAAUUUUUGGGCAAACCUAGCCAGAAGUGGUUGUACUCGAGUUCCACUGUUCUAUUUGUCUAAACAUAUUCUGUAUGAAUAAAGGUAUUAUAUUUAAAAUGGAGACUUUUUAUAAAUACGCUUCCAGUUAUGAAUAUAUAGACAACAGCAAAGCUGGAACGUCAGCCGAGAUGCCAGAUUACAGCAGUACAGACGAAGAUAUUACUGACACUGAACCAGUACAGCUUCAGCCAUUCAUUCACCAGGUUGGAGGACAUAGUUGUGUAUUGAGAUUCAAUGAGACAACACUUUGUAAACCACUGAUCACUAGAGAACACCUCUUCUACGAGUCACUUCCAAUGGAACUGAAGGCCUUCAUACCAGUCUAUAGAGGAAUUAUUGAAGUAGAACUUCAGGAAGGAAAUGAUGGUCAGAUAACUCUAAUUGGUCAUCCUGUCCAGUCAGACAGUAGUGGGGGUCAGGGAUCUUCAUCACAGCGGUCAUCACCUAGAGUUUCACCAAAACAGUUUGAGCGGACAAAUUCACCAUUGUCAAGUGGGAGUGAAAAUGACAACUCACAGAGUCCUGUGUUACCAUCUAGGAAAAAACAUUCAAGAGUUGCAGGCAAAUCUUACAGUGUAAAACUGUUACGAAGUGGUAGUAUUGAAGUUAGUACGCAAACAGACACAGUAUUCCACUCCCCGGAUCCAAAGUCAGGCCCCAAAUCAGCUAACCUGAAUCCAUGGAGCUUGAAGUGUCACAAACGACAGUUAGCAAAAAUGAGAAUGGACAACAAAGAUUCAAAUUUAAAAAAGUUUAUAUUACUGGAGAAUGUAGCUGCAAAGUUCAAGUAUCCUUGUAUACUUGAUUUGAAGAUGGGGACCAGACAACAUGGGGACGAUGCUCCGGAGUCAAAGAAAAAUAGUCAGAUGAGGAAAUGUGCAACUACUACAUCAAGUGCUGUGGGUUUACGUUUGAUUGGCAUGCAGGUGUACCAGUCUACCUCCGGGCAGUUUGUAUGUCAGAAUAAAUACUUUGGUCGUAAGCUUACGGUGCCAGAGUUUAAAGAAAGUCUUGAACUCUUCUUGUAUGAUGGUGAGAAAAUGAGGCUGGAACUUGUUGACCCCAUACUAAAUCGUCUUCAACACCUUUACAAGAUUGUCAAGAAACAGGAAUCGUUCAGAUUUUAUUCCAGCUCGUUACUGAUAAUGUACGGUGGACGAGAGGGGAUACCAGACAUUGACAUUGAACAGGAUAGACCUGAUGACAAGGAAUCUGUAAAUUCAGUUGUUGACAGUGAAACUCAAGUGAACAGUGAUGAGUUAAAUGUUCCCACUCAAGAUGAUAACUGUUUGGUGGAUGUACGAAUGAUAGACUUUGCACAUUCCACACAUCGUGGAUUUAGCGAUGAUGCACCGCAUAAAGGCAUUGACGAUGGCUAUUUAUUCGGGCUUCAGAAUCUCAUUACAAUAUUUGAAGGUAUCAAGCAACGUUACUCUGGACAUACAGAAGAAGAUAAUGGUUGAAAUUUCAAGUGGACGGUCAUUGUCACAUAGUUCGGCAGAGUACCGGUAUAUGAAGGACCAUAGUUCGGCAGAGUACCAGUAUAUAAAGGACCAUGUUUUUUUUAAAAAGUGAUAUUUCAUAUAAUUUCAUUAUAUCAUUUAACUAGUCUAUACAUUUAAUUUGGCUGAAAGGUAAUGAUUCAGAUACCUGCUGGUAACAGGUUAGAAUAUACUGUUACAUCUGUAUGUUUGGGUAUGUUUGUAUAUGACCAUACUGGGAUACAUAACAAAAUUCUGGUCCUUUUUAGCUUGACUUUUCAAAGAAAAGUAGAGCUAUUGCACUCGCCCCAGCGUCGGCCUCACCGCUGUUGGUUAAAGUUUUUGAUAAAGUCAAAAUUCGGUAUCUCUGUUACUAUCAAAGCUAUUGACUUGAAACUUAAACUAUUUAAUUAAUAUCAAAAUCUACACCAGGAGAAACAAUCCCUACAACUUUGAUUUAAAUUUUGACAGAGUUAUGCCUCUUUUUAUUUCAGAAUUUUUUGGUUAAAGUUUUUGAUAAAGGUCAAAUAUCACUGUUCCUAUCAAAGCUUUUGACUUGAAAUUUAAAAUAGUAAUUACUAUCAAAGUCUACACCAGGAGAAACAAUCCCCAUAACUCUGAUUUGAAUUUUGAUAGAGUUAUGCCCUUUUUUAACAUAAAUUUUUAGCUCGACUUUUCGAAGAAAAAGUAGAGCUAUUGUACUCGCGCCAGCGUUGGCAUCGGCGUCAGCGUCGUCGUUGGUUAAAGCUUUUGAUAAAGUCAAAUAUCUCUGUUACUAUCAAAGCUAUCAACUUGAAACUUAAAAUAGUUACUUACUAUCAAAGUCUACACCAGGAGAAACAAUCCCCAUAACUCUGGUUUGAAUUUUGACAGAAUUAUGCCCCUUUUUAAAUUAGAAUUUUUGGUUAAAGUUUUUGAUAAAGUCAAAUAUCUCUGUUACUAUCAAAGCUAUUGACUUGAAACUUAAAAUACUUACUUACCAUCAAAGUUUACACCAGGAGAAACAAUCCCCAUAACUCUGACUUGAAUUUUGACAGAAUUGUGCCCCUUUUUAACUUAAAAUUUUUUGUUUAAAUUUUUGAUAAAGUCAAAUAUCUCUGUUACUAUUAAAGCUUUUGAAUUGAAACUCAAAAUAGUUAUUAACUAUAAAAGACUACACCAGGAGACACAAUUCCCAUAACUCUGAUUUGAAUUUUGACAGAGUUAUGCCCCUUUUUAACUUAGAAUUGUUGGUUAAAGUUUUUGAUAAAGUCAAAUAUUUCUGUUACUAUCAAAGGUUUUGAUUUGAAACUUAAAAUACUUACGUACCAUCAAAGUCUACAGUAGGAGAAACAAUCCCAGUAACUCUGAUUUGAAUUUUGACAGAAUUAUGCCCCUUUUAACUUAGAAUUUUUUGUUACAAUUUUUGAUAAAGUCAGAUAUCUCUGUUACUAUUAAAGCUUUUGACUUGAAACUCAAAAUAGUUAUUUACUAUCAAAGUCUACACCAGGAGACACAAUUCCCAUAACCCUGAUUUGAAUUUUGACAAGAGUUAUGUCCCUUUUUAACUUGGAAUUUUUUUACUGGCAAAGCUCUAAUUCAGAGUCAAGCAUUGAGAAAAGUCGAGCGCGCUGUCUUACGGACAGCUCUUUGUUUUUUUUUUGUUAAAGUUUUAUAAAAUUUUUACUGGCAAAGCUCUAAUUCAAUCAAGCACAGAAAAGUCGAGUGUGCUGUCUUACGGACAACUCUUGUUACUGUGUAGACUGCUGAUACAUUAGUUUGUAGUGUAAUAUAUAAAUGUCGUUAUGACGCCUUAUUUAAAUUGCUGGUCCAUAGAUUAUGCUAUACAAAUAGUUUUUACUCAGUUCAUGUUAGCUGGUAUAAAGACAAAGUUGAAAGAAAUCUGUGAAAAUAUAUUUCUGAGGUCAUCUAUUUUAGUAAAACGCUGAAUGUCAGGCCCAGUCAUUAAGGUGAAAAAUUGGGGUUUGUCAGGUUUGAUUUAAAAAUAAAUUUAAGAAAUAACAAAGGUAGUGAAUAGUGGUGUUAAAUAUUUAUCCAUUAUUUUAAAAGCAUUAUAAACAUCAGAGUACCUUGAAAUCAAUGUAGUUUUUACAUUGCAUUAAUACAUUUCAAAAUUUGUAUGGUUAUUAGUCUAUACAAAGGCUACUUGGAGGAUUGAAUGCAAAACUUGUAACUUGUAUCAAAUAAAAGAGUUAUGACAGUGUUGCAUUCAACAUUCAAAAUACUGGCAGGGAAAAGGCAUUUAUUUCUUACUUAUCAUAAUAAGCAUGUAAGGUUAUCUGUCAUGAACAGACUCAGUCAAACCAAGUCUGCUGUUACAUUGCGUUUUGUGCUUCCAAAGGAUCUUUACACAGUUUUUGUUAAUAUGUCCUAGAAGAUUUUGUUUAGUUGCAUACACAGUACAGAUAAGACUUGAUGAAAACUGAGUGAAGAGGCUCACUUAAGUGAAGGACCUGUUUGAUUGGAUUUUUUUUUUAUAUUUAGGGCUUAGGUUUUAAGUCUGAUAUACAUUACUGGUCAAUCCUUGCUCCUUUUUUUGUUAUAUUUAAAAGAUUUUGUUUUGAUUUUACUUCGACCUAUGUUGACGAAUGUUGGUUGUUUUCUUAGUAAUCAACUUGUAUUACAAGGAUAUUAUUUUAUGUCUUGUGGAUUGGUCAUUCCUUACAGUUAGGAGUCCUCGCAGGGCAGAGCAUUGAUGGAUGUAUUAUUUCAUCUGUUCAUUUUAGUAGAUGUUAGUUAUUAUGUCUUCCACCACACAGUGCUGUGGGAGACAUAUUGAUCUACUCCUGUCUGUGUGUGUGUCCAUCUGUCAGAAAUCUUGUCCGCACUCUUUAAGUCGAACAUUUCUCAUCCGAUCUUCACCAAACUUGAACCAAAUGUUUUUGAGCAUAACUCCUUGGCCAGGUUCAUUAACUAGCCAAAUCGCCAUAGGCACUUCAGAAUUAUGGCCCUUGAAUUACCCAAAAUCAGCCUUUUUACUCUUCAAAGGUAUAUUUGUAAUGAGUAAACAGUAUAUAAAGACUGACUUACUAUUUAGAUGAUUAGGCAGUUGUGGGAGACAUGCGCUUUUCUCAAAAGCAGCUCUUACAUUGAGUAUUUUAAAGGAAUAUGAGUAAUGGCGGUAAACUAAAAAAAAAGAAGAAAAAAACAUUCAACUUUAAAUUGAAUUCUGUGAAAUAAUUAUUUAUUUGUCAAGGACUGAUAUUCAUCAGUGUUCCUGAUCUUUUGUAAAAAAAUCAAAUCAAGAAUGUAUAUACCACCUUAAAAUUUCAUAUUAGAGCAAUGAGAAUUUUACAGGGUUACAAUAUAUUUAGCAUGUGUUAUAUAUCUUAUUAUUGAAUGUUUGUAUUUUAAGUUCAGAUGUGUAAUAUUUUUUGGUGUAAUAUUUAUCUUUAUGUUAAUUAUUAGUCAAAGUUUUAUCAGACAGGAAAUUAUUUAUGUUUUUAUUUUACCAAAACUGGAAGGUUGUGAGGUAUUGUAAUUAAUUUGAUAUUCCAUAAUCUGCUUACACUGUCUACAUAUGGCUGUACUCUUAGUUUGAAUUUUCUUUGUACUGUGACAUUGUUGGCAAUUUCAGGUUGAAAUGCAUUUUGGUGAAGUUACUUUUGUCAAAAAAGUGGAUUUUCUUCAUUAAAAAUGUGCAUUUAACUAUUUGUUCACAUAACAUGUCUACCUGUAUUAAAACAUAAUUUGGGCACUUGCAGUCUUACUGAAAUUUUAUUGGUGCUGUAAAAAUUAACAUUGUGAGAAAGGAAAGUCUAUACAGGAUCAUGCAUUAUGAGAAAAAAACCUUGUAUUGCUUAGUCUUUACAGUCCUGUCAAUUAAUGUGCAUGCAAGUAUAAUAGUACAGGAGCUAGAGUGAUCAUAAUGGGGGCGCAUUUAUUGUGAUCAUUCAAUAAUAUACUGUACCUAUACCUCACAGGGGGAUCUUAUCUUUAAAUAGUGUUGAGUUAUAAAUUUCAUUGCUUGAUGAAGAGUACUUUGUUCAUUCUUUGUUCUUAUAUUGUUUCUGAUAGAAGUUUGCCUUGAUUUCAGAUUUGUGUAUACCAGUAGGGAUUUCAGUGUAUGAUGAGAAUAAAUUGAGAUGAAUGAUUGAAUGAGUUUAGGGUUUUGCCUUUCAUUUAUGUAUUUCAAGAUUAUUUAUGCUUUUAUAUUAUGCUGAUUGUUAGGUACAGCAUUCCCUUUACUUUGUUUCAAAGAUAGUUUUUCAGAUACUAAAGCUUGAUCUUCAGUCUCCAUGACAUGUGCUUACAACAGAAUUAGAGAUUUCAAUACAAUAGAAUUAGGGACGUCAAAACUUUUAUAUACUCGCAUAAAUUUUAUAUUGACUGCAUACCAUUCUAAUGUGUAUUAAAAAGUUCACUAACUGCGAUAUUUUCCAUUUUACUCGGGCUUAAUAACAGAUUUUCAUCAUUUAUAUAUAAAUUGUAUAAUAAGUAUGUCAGUAAUGCAGUAUAAUUUUUGAAAGUGUAAUUAUCCUGUGUAGCUUGUUCUAUUUGCAAAGCCCUUGUUUUUGAAGAGAUGUUUAUGUUAAUGUCACUUGGGAAUUCCAUUUAAAGUAAUAAUAUUUAUAUAUUUAAUAGCCUGAAGAAUUUGCAAAAUAUGUAAAAAUGACUUGAUACACAUUGUCACAGAGAAUACAACGAAAUAGUUCUUAAAGGUUGUUUCCAGUUAUUAAAUGCCAUUUUAGAUUUGACAUUUGUUUAUAAAUAUAUUUAGGUAAUAUAAUUCCAAAAUAUUAGAAUAAAUUUGGUUAAACAUAACCAGAUAAAUAAGUUAUGGAAUGGAUUGUCAAUAUGAAUAUAAGAAUACGAAAACAGUAAAACUGUAGGAAAUUCUUUAAAAUGAUGGAAAGGUAUAUUUUGUGUAAGUAAUCUGAUAUAAAUUUUGAGAUAAGGCUAUUUUUUAUUAUUAGCAUUAUGUGUCAGAGUCAAGUUGACAACAUACUUAGUAUAUAUAAGUAUCCUGUAUGGGGCCCACCAUGUUGGGCUUAAAUGCUUAUAUAAUUUUUGUUUAUCAGUUAUGAUUGCAUACAAUUUCGUAUUCAGUUAAGUGACGUCAUAAUGUCAUACAUAUGUUAGUAUACAUUGUAUGUUUGCCUGAAGAAGUAUUUCAAUAUCAAACACGUUGCAAACUUGAGUUGUCUUUUUUUGUAAACCAUAGUAUACAGUUUUAGACAUUUCUAUUUUCCAAAGAAAUUAACCUGUAUCACAAAUGUCUUUGUGAUAUAGCUAUAUAAAUCACCUUCCUGUUUAGAUGAAGCAGUAUGGGGAGACAUGUGCUUCGACUAAAAGCCAUCUCUAGUUUAGUCAUAUUUUUGUCAUGUUUUCAUUAUUUUAUUCUUUGUUGUGCAAUACUAAGUUUGAGACACAUUACUUUACUGCUUGUUGAUAUUGGACAUAUUUAUUAUAUUUCAUAGUUUAUGUAGAUAAUGCAUCUUUAAACACAGUUUAGGGCUCAUCUGAAAAUUUCUGGGUUAGAAAUUGCUGUUUUAUCCUAGUGUGUUUUGAUAUUUUUUCCUCACAUGUAUUGGAACAUUCCUAAAAAAAAGUUUUAAAAUCACUCAUAAAUUAAGCUUUCUGUGAAAGCUUGUUUUUGAAUCAUUUGUUAUAGCUUUGACCAUUAUUGAUUUUACGCAAUACCCUUACAUGAAUUUAAAUAGAUCCUGUUUAAACGGAAAUCACUAGGCAUAAAAGCCAUCAACUGUGAUGCAUAAUUACAUUAAUGAGCCGUGCCAUGAGAAAACCAACAUAGUGCAUUUGCGACCAGCAUGGAUCCAGACCAGCCUGCGCAUCUGCAUAGUCUGGUCAGGAUCCAUGCUGAUUGCUUUCAAAGCCCAUUGCAAUUAGAGAAACCGUUAGCAAACAGCAUGGAUCCUGACCAGACUGCAUGGAUGGACAGGCAGGUCUGGAUCCAUGCUGGUCGCAAAUGCACUGUUGGUUUUCUCAUGGUGUGGCUCAUUUAUCCUGGUACAGAUCAGGAGUUAUUACUGCAUUUUGUAGUUUAAUCCAACAGUAGUAUAGAAAAUAUUAAUCUUUUGUUUUAGCUGUCAUCAUCAUUAUUAAGGUAGUUCUUUGCAGUCAAAUUAUAUUUUUCUCUUUUGUGUGGAAUUCGAUUAUACUCUGAUUUUUUUAAACUUCAGAAUUGACUAAGAAAAUUAAGCCAGUAAAGUGAUAGAAUUGUUUGCUUAAUAUUUUGUGUUGGUGCACCGUAAAACCCAAAUAAAUAAAUAAAUAAAUAAUAUUUUUGAUAGCUGUCUUGAAAAAGUUUUUCUUCCUGACAACAGAGUAAUUGUUAAUUGAUUAUGAUAGAGAAAUGAUCAUGUAAUAAAAAGUCCUGAUUUUCUUUGCUUUUCCAUGUUUCAUGUUCAGAUUUUGUUAAUGAAAGUUUUGAUAUUGUUGUAAAAUGUACUUACCAUAUGCUACAUUGUCAUAAUCAUUAAAGAAGUUUGACUCA